CCGAGUCGAAUUGCUGCUGUAAACCUACUUUACUUGAAUAACAUAUUCGCUCGAUACGAAUACGGUAGUAUUGAGGCAGUCGUUACAUCUACAGUUUCGGUUGAUUGUUUUAUUAUUGUACGUUUUUCGUGUAUAUUCAUUAAUGCGAACUUAACAAGCGGGAAACCCCAAACCUGUUCGAUAUACACGCACGACCUAUACCUGUGCAUAUCACGCGCGGGUUUCGGGCCCAUUCAGUCGCAUAACAAUCGGACAAUUCGCCGGAUUAAAGCGAUUCGAUAUGACUUCGAGAGAGGAAAUUCUGCGGUUUUCUAUCGAUUAGAUGAAAACUCACCCAUUCAUAAAGUCGAGCUAGUUUUAUUUAUAUUCAUUGAAGGACGGGCGAGAGUGCACACAACAGACAAUAUGCGUGCGAUAGUGAAAGUGCUCUUUACACUCCUACUUACAAUUAUUUCUGUACGACAAAUUGCAACUCAAAUUUACGACGACGUCAAUGGUUGUAUCGGCAACGUAUGCUACAAAGAUGAAGCGUACCCGUACGAUCAAAUUCAAGACACAUUCGAAACCAAAUCCGACGAUUUUACAGGCGCUUUAGGCAAACCCCAUAAUACUCAAAAAACAUCUUUCGCCGAAGGCAAAUCCACAGCGGGAUGUUCUUUAUGCAACACAAAAAUCAGCAAACGAAUGCAAAUCAUGAGCAUCAUGGACGAUAACAAUUUGAAAUUGUACAUACUGAGCACCAGCAAGUACCCGAGACCUUCGAUUCAUCUAGAAACGUGUUUGUACAAAGACGCUCCUUGUUCUUUGGAUAACGUGCCCAACGACGUGAUGACGAGGUGCAUUCAGAAGAAGACUACCAUAAAUUUGCUCACCUUCAACGCCACCUCCAAGGAAUUCCAAGCGUACGCUUUGCAUUAUCCCAGCGCCUGCGAAUGCAUAUUAUUGGAAGAGGAGCUCGACUAAUCAAUUAACUGCUCGUAAUUAACGUACCAACGUUAUUAAGAAGACUGAAUUAUUAGCAUUUUUUAUGUUACGUGUUGUGAGUGUAAAUAGGUUAUUAAAUUAAGAAAAAAAUACAGCGAUAAUAUACUUUAUUCAAUUUUAUUAAAUUUACUACAUAUUGUUACUACAUUAUAUAAGAUAAUUAAUUAUUAAUUUAGGUGGAUUCAUCGACGUCCAAUCUCUCAAAACUGGUCCUCAAAUCAGCCUCUUUCGCCUCAGGGGCGGUUCCUUUUGCUUCAUUUCUUCCUUCAGGUCUGCAGUGGGGGAAUCUUCUGCCGUGUUUGUUGCAUUUAGUUUUUCCAAAAGCAAAAUCCACCAAGUCUUCACCGAACCAGAAAGGUGGGUGAGCAUGGUGGCGAUGGUGGUGGAAGUGGUGGUGCGGGUGAUGAUGAUGGGGUGAUCCACUUCUGGAUCUGCUGUGCUUUCCCCUACUUCUAGAUCUGUCGUGUCUUCCUCUGCUUCUGGAUCUAUCGCGUUUACAUCUGCUGAGGGGCCUGGAUGAGCAGCGAUCUUUAUCGAUAUAUUGAUGGAAAUUGUCCAGUAAACUGGUUAUGGUUUGUUGCACUGUGGUUUUGAUUAUUGCUUCAAUGUCUGCGGGGUUUUUACCUUCCAUGUUUUGCCUAAAACAAAACUAAUACCUUUUACCUUUGUACAAUUUACCACGAAGAAGCUGAGCACUGAUUCACUAACUGUAAUAUUUCCACAACACUGUUUCACACCAACUGAUCCAUUCG